UUAUUCAGAGAGUAAAAACUAAAUAAGACUACAACUACUUACUGUACUGUCAACUGUUAAAAACAGUAGUAAAUUUUUUGUGUUUUUCAUGGUGGUAUUGCAGUAUGGUUACUCUUGUUUUUAUUGGAGGCGAACAGUAAAAGAGUGUUUACUAACCUAUCGCUAGUGAACAUACUUUGGCUGACGCGUCAGCCAGUUGAUCUCGGACCAAAACAAACUCAAAGGAGGAAAAAAAGCAUUUGACUGAGGCGUCUGACUUCCACACUGCUGUUUUCCAAAUGUCGCGGCGAUUAAACAAGAGGUGCGAGGAGGAGUAAUUUAUCAUGCGGCUUGGAGACGCAGCUGGGCUUGUAGUGGUAGCCGCUAGCUAGAAUGCUAAUGUUCCGUAGCUAACGGUAACGUUAUGCCAGAUGACCCAACAGCAGUAGUAGUAGUUGGGAAUAGAAGCUGCUGCUGCUCCUAUUUUAUUUGCCUGAACUCUCACCCAGCAUUAUAAACGGGCCUGCCAUCUAGUUAGUUUUGUAGUUAGGCACCACGAAAACAGAGAAAACUAAUUUUCAGCGUUGCCUUUUACUGCCUAAAUUAAAAACUGAAGUAUGGGGAUGUGCUUACCGUGCCUUGGUGGAGCAGCGGACGACGUUGUGGUCACUCCAGAUCCUGAGACCCGGAGACAACAGUUAGCUGAAGCCGCCGAAAAGAGACAAAAAGAGACGGCGUACAGGGGUGUUAAAAAUCCAGAAGCAGUCGAAAGGAAAAGGAAAAAACAGGAAGAAGCUGAGAAACAAGCGAUGAGCACCUCUGUGUCAGGUGGUGGUGGCGGGCUGAAGUGGCAGGUGGGCUGAAAAUCCUGAUGGUAAAGUCUGAACUCGGAUGUCUAAAUAUAUAACGUAUUGCUGCAAGAUGACUUGAAAGAUGUUGGAACUGCUGUCCGUUUUUACUUUUUCUUUCGUUUUCUUUUUUUUCUUUUCUUUGCUUGUUAUGUAUCUGUGUCAUGUUAUGAGUCUACAGUUGUCAGGUGCAAAACAGUUAAGUUAUUCCACACAAAACACAGCAGAAUUUGCCAAGUUAUACAAACCAGUUUGUACCUUUGGUCGAGUCAGGGGUGACACAGUAAUGUGCAAGCAAACACAAUUAUGUGAGAUUUGUGUGAAGAUUGAUUAGAUACAGUGUUGCAGUACAGUGACUCCCAUUAGGUAACAUGGAAGAACAUCGCUAUAAUAUGCAGUUGUACAUUAAUACAGAGCUUCCCUCAGUGUGUUUGGUUUUCCUAGUCAGAGUAUUCCACGUAUAUCCAUUAACAGUUGGAUAUACCUUUUUAGCAUGAACUCACUUUGUGAUGGGCUCUGUUAUUUUGGCAACUCAAAGACUAGUGCAAACAGUGCAAACUUGACUAUCUUUACCCAACUCAUAAUGGGCUCCUUGCUCAUCACCGAGGCGAGUCAGUGACACAGACCACAUUGGGGUCAUUAUUUUGUGUGUUUGUAUUGGGGGGAAAAAUGGGUGUUUUGUGCUGAGAAUGUAGGUGAACUCUAUGUGGCGCAUCUAAUGCGGCGAUUCC